AUGAAGGUCAGAGCUUUUAGAGAAACAGUGGUCAACUUUUGCUAUUCGAAGUUUGCUGCCAUCUUCCUGUUCCUGGCUGUGUUUGUCUUCAUCUUUGUGUAUUUUAACAUGGACGUCCUGGAGUUUCAGCAUAAGGUGAUCACCACCUUCUCUGUCCCAAGACCUCACCUGCAACACCACUUUUACAACUUCCAGCAACGGUCCCCUGAAGAUGCUCUGGAGGAACGCCUCCUAUUAGACUCCAUUGCUUGGCCUGAAACUCCAUCCUUGCCAGAUCCUCUUUCCCUGGAGCAGACCACUGAUCCUGCCCACAGCACCUUCACUAUUCUCCCAGAGAAGUUUCGACGACAGUGGCAUGUAGGGGAUCAGCUGGAAGUUAUAAUUAAAAUGUAUGACUUCCAGGGCCGUCCGAAGAAGUCUGGGGGAGACGUCUUACUUGCCCGUCUGCACAACCGAGCACUUGGUGCAGGUGUGGCUGGACAAGUGCUGGAUCAUCUCAAUGGCUCCUACUCUGCUGUAUUUUCUUUACUCUGGGAGGGAAACGCACAUGUUGAGGUGAUACUGGUUCACCCCAGUGAGGCUGUCACGGUGCUGCAAAGGUUGACCAGAGAACAGCCAGAUAGGAUUUAUUUCCAGAGCGUCUUCCGCUCAGGCUCAGUCUCUGAAACUACCACCUGUAAUGUCUUCCUGCGUCCAACCUCGCAGCCACUGUGCAACUACACUGACCUCCACACAGGUGAUCCAUGGUUCUGCUACAAGCCAAAGAAGCUGAGCUGUGAUGCCAGGAUCAACCACUCCAAGGGAGGAUUCAAUAAAAAACUCAAGGCCGAGGAGGAGAGGCUCUUUAAAAGUGGUGUCAACAUGAAAGUCUCCAUUAAGGCUUCAGGAUCAGCCAAUGUCAACGUGUUGUCAAAAAUGAAAGGUCAACCAGAAGUAAAGAGCAGCAGCGUGAAGUCUGGACCUUCUGGCUAUUACUAUCAGGAUGUGUGGCGAGCCCUAGGUGGUACCACAGUCCGCCAGUUCAACACAUCCUCUGUUAUCAGUCAAUGUCUGAAAGGCAAGGUGGUCCACCUGUUUGGAGACUCUACCAUCAGGCAGUGGUUUGAACACCUCACUGCAGCACUACCAUAUCUCAAGGAGUUUAACCUGCACAACCUGAAGCAAGUUGGGCCCUUCAUGGCCUUAGACUAUGCAAACAACAUUCUGGUGACGUACCGCUGCCACGGUCCCCCUAUCCGUUUUGUCAAUGUCCCAACCAAUGAGCUUCGCUACAUUGCCAAUGAACUAGAUGGCUUAGUUGGAGGCAUCAACACCGUUGUUGUUCUUGGCAUCUGGUCUCACUUCAGCACCUUCCCCAUCGGACUCUACAUCCAGCGGCUGCAGAGCAUCCGCAGGGCGGUGGUGCGCCUGCUGGACAGGGCUCCAGGUACGCUGGUCGUCAUCCGUACUGCAAACCUCAAAGCAUUGUCUCUUUCUGAGACGCUGACCAACAGCGACUGGUACUCGCUGCAGCAUGACAAGGUGCUCAGGGCCAUGUUCAAAGGACUGAAUAUUCGUCUGCUGGAUGCCUGGGAGAUGGUCUUGGCCCACCACCUGCCGCACAGCCUCCAUCCACAACCUCCCAUUAUUAAGAAUAUGAUUGACGUCCUCUUAUCCUACAUAUGCCCCCAAAAGGCCGGCUAGACUGGAAGACUGCACAAGAUGUUAUAGCUAACAAGUAAACUUACAACCGUGAUUUAACAGGAAGACCACAAUGUCACUUACCUCUCCCAUGGAGUACAAUAAAAAAAGGGAGAGGUAAUGGCGGGAGACAUCAUUUAUAGGGGAGGGGGACCCACAGAAGUGAACGUCAGGACACAGAAACUGAGACUCAUAUUGACCCAGGAGGAGUGGCACAUCAGGUUAUAACUAUUUACAGAUUUGGUGUAGUUACAUAAUACUGCUGUAUAAUUGACUUUGUUACAUUGUUAUGGGGAAUUUAUCUUUUUUUCGGGUUCUAGCAUACAUCCAUGCCAAAACGUUCUCGUUGCAACACAUGCUCUAGAAUUAUCGUUCUGCAUGUCAGAGUAGGUGGAUUAUUAAACUAUUUUGACAGUAAUUGUUUGGGUUGCAGCGUAUUCUUCAUAUGACUGCAUGCAUCAAACCGUGACAUCCAUACUAUGACGCUUCGGGACAAAUACAUGGUUCUAGGAGAGACUCUUAAUUAGGAUAUUGUAUGAAGAGACAGUUUGAAUGUUGGAGACAUGACUGAGGUUACCUCUGUCAAGACAGGGCAAACUACUGAU